AGCCGCAAGGGAUUUUAUUUUGAAAGUGUGACCCGGAUGUGAUUGAGUUUCGGCAUUGUUUUGGGGGUUCGAUUUGUUUUGAUGUGUUAACAGCGUCAAGGAGUGAUUGUUUGGCUUACUUUGACUCUUGUAGCUACAUAAAAAAAUAUUUGACAAUAAUAAUAAUUAAAAAUAAUAAUAAUAAUUGUGUCGGAUUUUGCUUUGCUAAAGAUGUCCAGACUUCAGGGUCUGAAGGGGUUCAUCAGCCAGCGGCUAACAGCGGCUGUGGAGGACAUUCUGGGACACUUGGAGAAAACAAUCCUGGAGUAUGAAGAGGAGACGGAGCGCCGACAUCGCGACUUUCUGGAUGUGGUUCUGACGGCUGAGAUGAAGCAGCAGGGAACAGACAUCCAGCAACAGUUUACAAGAAAACGAAACCCUUCAGCACAGCAGAGGAGAUCCAGUUCGGAACCAGAGAAUCUCGAUCCAGGACUCCUAAAUGCUAAACAGGAACAGGAGGAGAUCAGGAUCUCUGAGUGCCGUUCCAUCUUUGUGAAGAGUGAAGACGAAGACAAACCCCAGAUUCCACAGAUUGAGGAACCCAUCAUCAUUCUUGAUGAAGAAGAUGAACCAGAACCACAGACAGAACUCCAGACGGAAGCUAGAGUUGAUCUUUACGAUAAGGCCCAGGAGCCUCAUUCAGAUGUAAACAUUCCUUUAAAUAAUAUCGGAUAUAAUUCUCUUAACUUAUUCCGGUGCUCAGAAUGUGGGAAAACGUACAGCUCCAUGAGUCACCUGAAGCUACACAUACAAUAUCACGCUGAAAGACCCUACAGGUGCCCCGUGUGCAGGAAGUGCUUUUCGUGGAAAGGACGUCUCCAGAAGCACAUGAGGACCCACACGGGGGAGAAGCCUUUCAAAUGCACCGUGUGCGGCAAACGCUUCAGCGAAAGCGGAAAUCUGAAGGUCCACAUGAGGAUCCACACGGGAGAAAAGCCAUUUAGCUGCUCCUUUUGUGGGAAAGGCUACGCACAACGAGGAAAUUUGAAGAUGCACAUGUCGGUGCACAGAGGAGAGACGAUGGUCAGCUCCUCACGUCCUCAGACGGAGAACGAGAACCCGUUAGGAGGACCAGAACAAACGGCAAACUCUGACCAACGCCUUCCUGCGAGCUCUGCGCUUCACGUGGCGGGAAGCGGCGGCGUCCCUGCCAACUGUUGGAGGACGACCGUAUGUAAAAAAAGCUACAGCUGCUCCGAAUGUGGGAAGAGGUUCGGAUUUAAGGGGCAGCUGGCGUCGCACAUGAGAGCUCACACGGGCGAGAAGCCCUUCAGGUGUCCGGUGUGCUGGAAGUGCUUCUCGUGGAACGCCUGUCUGCAGAAACACAUGAAGAUCCACACGGGGGAGAAGCCGUACAGGUGCCCCAUGUGCGGCAAGGGCUUCAUCGAAAGCGGCAACAUGAAGGUGCACAUGAGGAUCCACACGGGGGAGAAGCCGUUCACCUGCUCCGUAUGCGGCAAAACAUACCGACAAAAAGGGAGUCUGACCAAACACAUGGAUGUUCACAGGGAGAUGAAGUCAUAGGAGGCGUUUUCUUUGACUUUCUGAACAUUGACAUAUUGAAAAAUCUAUUUUACUAAGUUAUAACUAGUUUUAGAGCAGAGAAACCAUAAAGUAGGGGUCCCCAAACUUCUUGUGAAGGUCACAUAACUGUUUUCUUCUCUGAUGGGGGGCCGGGGUUGGUUUGUAAGUUAAGAGAAAAAGUGUAUCAGUCACACCCUAAACGUAAACAUUUAUGGUUUUCCAGAAAGCAACGCAUAGCCAAAUUUUAAAUAUUUCAUUUCUGUAAUCUUCACAGAAAAAAUAAUACUAAAACAUUUUAAAAACUAGAUAUAUAACAUUAAUAUAGCAAUAAUGCUACUGUGAAUGCUGUAAGCUGAAUGUGGCAGCUGAAGGUGUUAGUGCUAAUAGUUGAAGAUGGUGAAAUUUAAAGCUAAAAUUGCUUAAGAUAAUAGAUUAAAUUGCUGAAUUUGAUAGCUGAAAUGGCUGAAGCUAAUCGCUGAAGCUGAUAGCUAGCUAAACUAUUAGCGAAAUGUCAAAUUAUUCUAAAAAACAGGAAAAAAUUCUAAAUUAGCCAAA